AGGUCUUAAUAGGUUACUUAGUAACUCAAUAAUCACACUUUAUAUAGCUUGACCUGAUGUGCAUCUGAAUUCACUUAAUGGAAUCUCUCUCCAUGCAGAGCCACUCUUCUGAACUUGUCCAUCUGAGGCUGAAAAUGAGAGCUCUGAUAUUCGUCCUCCUCCUGACCCGCUUCUUCCAAAUCUUACAAUGUGUGCAGGUUACGGACAGUGGGUACAGUUUCUCCCUGGAGGCAGUGAAGACCCUGAAAAAUCUUAUGGAGACUGACACGAGUACAAACCCGCGACAGACCUACGGCGGUGCAGCAUCCCUGUGUGCCGACCCUGACCUGCCAGGAGAGUUCAGAGUGAUGUGCAGAAAAGAUGAUGCUGAAGAAGUCUUCCAGCGUCUGGUGAAAAUCAUCAGUCCUGUAGACCCCUGUGAGAUCUGCGCCAAUGUGGCCUGCACCGGCUGUUAGAGCGGACAAACUCCCAGCAUCACAGCGUUCAUAUACAUCACUGCCAUCAUACGUGCAUCUAUCUACAGAACAGCCAGUAAAAUAAAACAGGGUAAAACACAUAUUACUCAUUUAAUUUCAAAAAUAUGUAUGUAUUUAAGUGUGUUUCAUAAAAUGUUUGGGUCACAUAGUACAGAAUGAUUUUUUGGUUUUGAAUGGAGACACUGCCACCUAGUGAAUCUAAACACAUUUUAUAUUACAUAAACCUUUGAAAAUGGCACAUUUCUAUAUAUUCAGAAUGCAAAAUAUAGCUGGGUUGUAGCUAUAGUAUUUUGGGCCUCCUCCUGACUAUAUAGUGUCCAGGGACAAAUAAUUAAGAAUUAUACAUAUGUUUACAUAUUUUUUGUUAUAGUUUGGUUUUUUACUCAUACUUUAACUUUUUUUUUUUUUUUUUUUUGGAUGAUUUGUAAAAUAUAAACUUAACUAAAAUAAAAAUCCUGGACCUUAGAACGAUUCCCACUAGCUACAGCCCUACGAAGGGGACAACUUUCUGGAAAGUAUUCUGGAUUAAGUGGAAUAAUUAUUAAUUUAUAGUAUAUCAUAGCCUUUUUAAGUUAGCAUAUUUUAUCUAAUACAGUAUGUCUUUCAAAACCAAGUGUCUAUAAUUUUAUCUGCGUUGUAUAAAAAAUUUAAAUAAAUAAAAAAAUCACAGCUGUUAACAAUAAGUUAAUUAAAGGUUUGAAUAAAAAUACUGAAUAUUAAACUUUGAAUAUAUUUAUUUCAACAAUGAUUAUAACAAUAAUAAAAUAUAAUAAUUUGUCAAAUGUAUAAUCAUGACAAUAAUAAUAAACUCUACCCAAUGCAUUUAACUUUUUCUUCCACUAGAGGACAGCACUGCCUCAAACAAUGUUUUGGUCUUUCAUUGAUGUCCAGCACUGUGGAUAUUCGACGCAGGUGUUUGGUGUUUCUCUUGUGUGAAGCGGUGUUUAAAACGACGACAAGCUCUAGGUGAUAAACACAUAAUUGUUGGCAGGAGAGCGAUCCCACAUCUCUUUGAUUUCCAUGUAAGCUAAAUGUGUACUUGAAGAACAGAUGUACUAUAUUUGUUUUUUUCACGUCAUGAUCUCAUGUAUAUCGAAAACACAUUUGCAUAAAAAAUCUGCACCGCACAAUUCAUAACACACUAAUAAGAAAAGUGUUCAAAAACACAUUGCACUUGUGAAGAAUGAACGUGUUUGUUUCAAAGUGUGACUAAAUGCAUUGCCUAUAAGUGUAUUGACAACCCAUCAGUCUGCAGUUUACAGCUCACAUCAGAUCAACAGAAUCAAGAACGUUUCCUGUCCAAAAGCAUCAAGCAUUUUUCUUCACAAGCACUCAAAUGAGUGUGAAUCAGACAAUCCCACAUAGACUAACAGCUAAAGUGUUGUUUUGAGAGCCAGUUAUGUAAGAAUAUAAAAGUGGUGUUUGCCUAGGGAGCAGAGCCUGUUUGUAUUUUAUUGUAAAAAAAAUUUUUUAAAUUAUCAUUUGGUUUCCAUAUUCAACAGAUCACUCCCUCUGUGAUUAUAAAGGAAAAUCUGUGCAAUCCUUGUCCAUAA